AUGACCGAACGGUGUUCCCGAAGUAUUUCCAAGUUGGCACCGUGGUCGACGCGCCCGAGGAUUGCGCCCGGCCGGAUGUCGUUGGCCAAGAACGUGGCGAAGGUGACGGAGGCGUUGCCGCGCGCCGUCAUCACCUGGGACAAGGCGGCGCGGAUACGAAGGUACGAAGAGAUUUGGGCAAACCCCAAAUCGGUCGUCCAUCGACUGCCGGACCACUACAAGAAGCGCUUCUGGGACAACGUGCUGCGAGACGCCGCCCCCGUCCACUAUAGGCCGCCGACAAGCCGCUACGCUUGGGACGAGAAGCGCCUCGUGAUGGUCGAGCAGGAGGACAACCCAAUCAGAGGCAUUCACCCGCCGGAAGCCGACGCGGGAUUGUGGGGCGGCGAGGGCGUCGUCAAGGGCUACCGCGAAAGUCGCCCCUACACCAAGAAGAAGAUCCUGGCUCGACAUUGGGUGCCGAAGCUGUGGUUCCCGGAAUUGCGCGACGUCGUCUUGUACUCGGAAAUCCUCGACGCACACAUGAAGAUCCAAGUGACCGAGCGGGCGCUUCGGCUUAUCGAUCAGCACUUUGGGCUCGACUACUAUUUGCUGGAAACGCCCGAAAUCGACCUCGACAGCCGGCUGGCCAACAAACUGAAGCGCGAGAUGCUGUUGGCGUUGGCCCACGAGAACUACUACCCCGACGACGACGAGCGCAGGGACUACAUUCGCCAGAAAUACGCCAAAUUCCGGAUCUCCGAAGAGGAGGCCAAAUGGGUGGGCCUUUCGUUGAACGAGGCGGCUCGAUUGCAGCAAGACCUUGAAGACGCCGCGGAGGCAAUCCCGCUCAAAAACACAUUCGCCGACGAGUUGCGGAAAAGCCUGGCCGGAGGGACGGACGUGAAGGCCGACGAGGAGCAGUACGCACCAAAGUUUGAAGAGAGCAAAUUCGGCGAGAAGCUAUUCGGGCAGGUGAUGCGCCCGCUCGAGCAACGGCUGAAGAAA